GGUGUGGUGACGUCAUAUGCCUGCGCCCCGCAUGUGCAUCUGUUUUGAUUCAGCUGAAGAAAGAAAAACUCCUUGAGAAGCAAUUCUUGUGACACUAUUAUAAAGAUGGCAUUUAAUAAAGUGGAGAGUGAAGACAUGAGGAUUGAAGAAGCAUUCAGAGUGAAACACGAAGACACUGAGACACAAACAAAGAUGUCGUUUAUUAAAGAGGAGAGUGAAGAUAUGAAGAUUGAAGAAACAUUCAGUGUGAAACAAGAACUGAGGAACAAACAGACUUGAUGGCAUUGAAAGAGGAGAGUCAAGAACUGAAUGCAAUGGAAGAGAAACGACACUAUGAGAAACAUCAUGAUGUCAGGACUGGGGAUAAAUCUGUACAGUCUGAAAAGACAUCCUCAAGAAAAAGAGCUCAGAAGAUCGAAUCUAACACUUCUUUUACUUGCUGUCAAUGUGGAAUGAGUUUCAAUCACAAACAAAACCUUGAAAUCCACAUGAGAGUUCACACUGGCGAGAAGCCUUUCACAUGCCAACAGUGUGGAAAGAGUUUCACUCAAAAACAGAACCUUACAGUCCACAUGAGAGUUCACACUGGAGAGAAGCCUUAUACUUGCUCUCAGUGUGGACAGAGUUUUAUGCAUAAAAAGAAUCUUGAUAUCCACAUGAGAAAUCACACUGGUGAGAAGCCGUUUACAUGUGAUCAGUGUGGAAAAAGUUUCUCACGUGAAGUAACCCUUAAUUGCCACAUAAGAAUUCAUACCGGAAAGAAUUGUUUUAUAUGUAAUUACUGUGGAAAGAGUUUCACUCAAAAAGGAAACCUUAAUAUACACAUAAGAGUUCACACUGGAGAGAAGCAUUACACAUGCUCUCAGUGCGGAAUGAAUUUCACAUAUAAACCAACCCUUGAUUCCCAUAUGAUGCUUCACACUGGAGAGAGUCCUUACCCUUGCAAACUGUGUGGGAAGGGCUUCUCUCAAAAACAAAAUCUUAAGACUCACAUGAGAACUCACACUGGUGAGAAGCCAUUCACGUGUGAUCAGUGUGGAAAGAGAUUUGCACGUAAAAUAACUCUAAAUUACCACAUGAGGAUUCACUCAAGAGAGAACUGUUUUAUAUGUCAUCAGUGUGGAAAGAGUUUCCCAGACAUGGAACGCCUUAACAUGCACAUAAUAAUUCACUCUGGAUAGAAGUGUUUCAAGUGUCAUCACUGUGGAAUAAGGAUUAGUGCUAAAGUAAAUGCUGAUUUAUACUUCUGCAUCGAGCGUACGCCGUAGGCUGUGCGUACUAUAUGUAGCCUACGACGUAGCCUGACGUGCACCUCUUCAAAUAUGUAACAACGCGCCAAUUCUACCGCAUGCGCUGUGAUUGGUCUGUUAGAUCCCCUCCUUCAGGUCAAAAAACUGGCGCGGCGCAAUCUGAGAAGAGCGAGCAUUUUCAACUUCCAUGGGAAAAAAACGCUCUGUUUCAGGGGACACAUGCAGUCAUACUGCAAUAAAAGUUGUUACCUAUUUGCCGCUUCUAUUUGUAAGCUUCUCUGGCGUAUAUGACAAGCUGCUGCUUCUUUGGCUUUUGCCUUGAUCCUCAACAUUACUGCGGACACUGCCUACCGCACGUUAAUGCGGACAACGACGCAGAGGUAUUAAUGAAAACGGACACAUAGCCUACGGCACAGAGGCUCCAGUGUAGGUCCAAUGCAGAAGUAUAAAUCAGCCUUAAGCCUGAAGAUAUUCAAGGGUGGUUUUACACAUAUCCUCCAUUCAUAAAGACUUUAACUUCUAAUCAGGGCUGUGCACAGACAUUUUGGAGGGCAGGGGCUCAAGCAAAAAAAAGCGAGCACCCCUCUCAUAACUGCUAUAAAUAUUACAUAAAAUAUGAAGCUUGUUAAAUACUGUAGAACAUCUUUUCAUUACUUAUAUAUUUAAAUAAAUAAAUGUCUUUUGUUGUCA